UUCGCGAGGGCGCUAUAGUUCCGUUUACUGGAAGGGGCUGGACAGAAAUAUAGUUGGGUUUUUUUUUCUUUCCACGAUGAACAGCUUCUCGAACAUGGCGACGAUAGGAGACUUCGACCCGUUGAACGCCGCUGUGCCUGCCACGAAAGUUGAAAUGACAGUUUCCUGCAGGAAUCUGCUCGACAGGGACACAUUCUCCAAAUCAGAUCCAAUCUGCGUGUUGUACACCCAAGGAGUCGGCAACAAAGACUGGAAAGAGUAUGGGAGGACUGAAGUCAUUGAUAACACCCUAAAUCCAGACUUUGUGCGCAAGUUUAUUCUGGACUACUUCUUUGAAGAGAGGCAGAACCUACGAUUUGACCUGUAUGACGUGGAUUCAAAGAGCAGCAACCUUUCUAAACAUGACUUCCUGGGUCAAGCGAGCUGCACUCUGGGGGAGAUUGUGGGUUCGAUGGGGAGCCGUCUAGAGAAACCCCUGGGGGGCAUUCCCGGCAAGAAAUGUGGCACAAUUAUAGUGAAGGCCGAGGAGCUGAGCAACUGCAGAGAAUCAGUGAUGAUGCAAUUUUGUGGCAACAAACUGGACAAGAAAGACUUCUUUGGCAAGUCCGACCCUUUUCUUGUGUUCUACCGCAGCAAUGAGGAUGGAACAUUCACCAUUUGCCACAAGACAGAAGUGGUGAAAAACACCCUAAGCCCGGUAUGGCAGGCCUUCAAGAUCCCCGUCAGAGCCUUGUGCAACGGAGACUACGACAGAACAAUAAAGAUUGAAGUGUAUGACUGGGACAGGGAUGGGAGCCACGACUUUAUCGGCGAGUUCAGCACAAGCUACAGAGAGCUAUCCCGAGGCCAGUCUCAGUUCAACGUGUAUGAGGUCAUAAACCCGAAGAAGAAAAGCAAAAAGAAAAAAUAUCUCAACUCUGGAACAGUGACGCUCCUGUCUUUCCUUGUGGAUAUUGAAGUCACCUUCCUGGACUACAUUAAGGGCGGCUUUUUCAGGAAGGCUGGGGAAGACUUUGCAAUUGUGCGGCAGAUGCGUCGCAGCUGAGUUGGCACGUGAACAAGAGGAGGAGUGCUCUGCUUGCCCCACCCCCUACCCCUCAGACCCACAUACCCCCCUUGCACCUGGAAGCUACAAUCUCAGCAGAUGGUCAGGGUCUGAGCUGGGCAUCAUCAUAUCAGGGCUUGCUCACUGAGAGUGGCCCUCCCCUAUCUCAUUAUUUCCCAUCACUGUGUUGACCAGGCCAUGCACCUGUGAUGGAGCCAGACCUGCUCCAUGAGAUUUCACCCACUGUAACAAAACCACCCUGCUCUGUCACUCUGUCACUCUGCUCUGUCACUCUGUCACUCUGCUCUGUCACUCUGUCGCUGUCACCCUCUUUUAUUCUUCUACCCGGCCUGUAACCCGUUUUAUUUUUUUUCCGAUCUGCAAACUUCCAACCUCUUGACUUCUUCGGGGGUGACUUAUAAUGACUGUGUGUGCGUGCGUGCAUGUGUGUGUGUGUGUGUGUGUGUGUGUUAGGUGGCUAGGCCCUCCUCAGUCUCUUAACAAAGAUCUCCACACAGCACCUCCACUCACAGAGAUCUCCAGAUAGCCCUCCCUUCACAAAGAUCUCCACAAGCACCUCCACUCACAGAGAUCUCUACACAGCCCUCCCCUCGGAGAGAUCUCCACACAGCCCUUCCACGCACAGAGAUCUCCACACAGCCCUUCCACGCACAGAGAUCUCCACACAGCCCUUCUUUAAGACAGAUCUCCAGGCUUCCUACUGUCUUUGCUACAGGUCUCACACAGCUCUCAAUCCCGCCACCUUUCUCGUAAUCACCUUCAUCACUACCAUCUGUAACGCAUGUGGCCCGAGUGUCGCAGGGCGAGGGGCAGGACACACAGGCUCCUGUGACGUGGACGAACAUUUAUUAACAUAUAAACGCAACAGCACUCGCACGUAUUACAGACAAGGAACCUGAAACGGUUAACAUUAAACAGACACGAUAAACAAGAAUACAUCUACAUUAGCAUGUUACGUCAACAAUAACCGACAGCACUGCACACAAGGACGACUUUAAAUACACAAAAGACAGGUGUGUGCAGGUGUGGCUGCGAAACAAGGUCCUCCCACUGCACGUGGCGGGCCAAACCGUGGGAGGCGAGCGUUCCGUGACACCAUCACUACCUUCUCAUCAACUCUACAGCUGCUGUCAGCAAAUGGUCUUAAUAAUGAGCUUGGCAACUUAGGCAUGGAUGGGACAUUAGCAAAAGUUCAUCGUGGGAGAACUCUCUGAUUGUUGACCAACUGGUUAAGCCCUUAAUCUGUCAAACUGAAUUAAUCUGCUUUCAGAUAUAAAUUGCAUUAAUCUUCUGUAAUAAUUGAGUUAAUGAUCUCGUUAGUGUCAGACACCUAUUUAUAUUUCAGUAGUGUGUGUGUGUGUGUGUGUGUAACUGCGACUGUAAGUUUGGUGAUGAGCGAGAUAUAAUGAGGCGAUAGGCCCGUACUUAAAGCAUGACUUGAGUCUGUUCUUAACCCACCAAUCACACACCAGAAUUUUCAUCCUCUUCAUCUUCUCCCAGCUCCAGAGAAAAUUAAAUGUGUACACACACACACUGUGAAUCUUUUUUGCACAUUUGUAAGUCUUAAAUAGUGCGCGGUGUGUGUAGGCAAACAGGGUGCUGGAUGCCAUGUGUGUUUAUGUUCACCCUUUUCUUCAGGUUAAGGCCUUCUGUCUUUUCUUCUGGCUAGUUAUGAACUUAAGGAAGUGAACUUUAUCUUUUUUUCGUUUUGGUUCGGGUAGAGGAGGUAGAUCUCUCAGUCUAUCUGCUUCCUUGUUGUCUGACCUACUCACUACUCAAUCUACUACUACAAAAGAAGCGAAAGAAUGGUGGUCUCACCUCUCCUGUGCUGUGGUCUGAGCCAAGACCAAGCCGUUACAUACCAAAACAACAUUUUGUAAAUAAACAUUUAUAUUUGAGAUUUCACUGGUUUUUAAAUUCUCUUUAGAUGGUAAGUUUCGAGUUGCUUCAAAACGGUGAAAGAAAAAAUGUUGCGUUCUGCUAUAUACACUGUAGGUCUAUGUGUAAGUAUGACCAUAUGUACAUUCUGCAGUGUUUUCAUUGAGAUUAGAGCAAGUGAGAGUAGAGUGACUGACCUCACAACAGCAUCACAAUAGAUCAUAGCCUCUAUAUACCUGUAUACCCUGUUAUUACAAACAUUUGUUUAUUAGAGUCUCAGUGAAAGUGCAGUUAGAGACCAUAGCCCAUCUGUUACUAUGCAGUGUGUGCUCGUCAUCCUCCAAAUUUUCGUCCAUGGUCAGUUUCUGACCAAAGAGCUGUUAUUGGCUGGAUAUUUCUGGAUGGCAGACCACUUUCAACCCACCAGUGACACUGGCACAUGUAAACCUUCCAGCAACACUGCUGUGUCUGAGACACUCAUAGCAGCACAACACCCACACUAUUUCUGGUCAGAACCUCACCAGUGAUUAAUGAGGUAGAACGUGGCUAAUAAAUUGUUCCUGGGAAGAGGAGGAUUGCCUUCUGCAACUACACACCAAUAACACGCAUUCUUUAGCUAGGCGCUAGCUAAUUGAGCAGCCAAGGUGUAGCUUUACGGUAGGUGUUUCUAAUGACUGUGGCAACCUUUAUUGCAUUGCCUUGCCUUUAUGAUUCAGUCCAAACACCUUGUGCAGUUAAAAGACAACACUUGCUUCAAAUGGGUUGAGUAUUAUUUGGAUUCUGAUGUUUUUUAACUGGCUCUCACCUGUUAUUUCAUUUGUUUGCGCUCAUAUACAGGAAAGUGUAGCUUGUUUAAGUCAUGUUGACAGUGUUAUAAAAUCAUGGCGUUACGGUUCUUUCCUGUUAUUAUGAUGUGUGGAAGGUUGGGGCCUGACAAAAUAAAC